AUGGCCCUCAGCGUCCACCUGAAGACCGUCACCGACCUGCGAGGCAAAGGCGACCGCAUCGCCAAAGUGGCUUUUCGAGGCCUCUCUUUCUACACCAGAGUGCUUGAGAACUGUGAAGAUGAAGCUCCGUUUGAUGAGACCUUCCGGUGGCCAAUUGCUAGCAGUAUUGAUGUUAACGAGAUGUUGGAAAUUCAGGUGUUCAACUACAGCAAGGUCUUCUCCAACAGACUCGUCGGAACGUUCCGGAUGGUCUUGCAGAAAGUGGUGGAAGAAGGACAGUUGGAGGUGACGGACACGCUCAUAGAUGACAACAAUGCUGUCAUUCGGACCAGCAUCUCCAUCGAGAUUAGAUACCAGGCCAUGGACGGCACCGUGGGUGCUUGGAAUGAUGAGGAAUUCUUGGAGAGUCCAAAUGCACGUUUGGAGGGUGACCCCUACGAGACAGACGGUCUGCUUUCCAGUCGCCGGCAGUCUCCCAGCAAGACCAGUGCUGCGGAGAGGGCUCUCCGGAGAGAUAAGGCUAAGGGGAAAGAGAAGAAACACCUCCAUUUGCCAUUCAGCAAAGGCAAAGAGAAGACAAAGGGAGAUCACAAAGCUGGGAAAGGAGUCUUUUCAGCCAUGAAGCUUGGCAAGGUGCGUGCUGCAAAGGAUGACCACAGGAAGCAAGAUGAGCCAGCCGUUCUGGAAGCUGAAGACCUGGAUCGGAAAGCAAUGCGGCUUGGAGGCGGGUUGGAUCCAGACACAAUUUCCUUGGCAUCAGUCACAGCCGUUACCACCAAUGUCUCUAAUAAGAGAUCGAAGCCAGAUAUUAAAAUGGAGCCCAGUGCUGGGAGACCCAUGGAUUACCAGGUCAGCAUCACAAUAAUUGAGGCGCGGCAGCUGGUGGGACUCAACAUGGACCCCGUGGUAUGUGUGGAGGUGGGGGAGGAAAAGAAAUACACAUCCAUGAAGGAAUCAACCAACUGCCCCUACUACAAUGAGUAUUUUGUCUUCGACUUCCAUGUUCCCCCAGAUGUCAUGUUUGACAAAAUCCUCAAAUUAUCGGUGAUUCACUCCAAGAACCUGCUGCGUAGUGGAACUUUGGUGGGCUCUUUCAAAAUGGAUGUGGGGACUGUUUACUCCCAGCCUGAGCAUCAGUUCUACCACAAGUGGGCCAUCCUUUCCGACCCAGAUGACAUCACAGCAGGCCUGAAAGGUUACCUGAAGGUUGAUGUUGCUGUAGUGGGCAAAGGGGACAACAUCAAGACACCACAUAAAGCUAAUGAGACAGAUGAGGACGACAUUGAAGGGAACCUGCUUCUUCCAGAUGGCGUUCCUCCAGAAAGGCAGUGGGCUCGUUUCUAUAUCAAGAUCUACCGGGCAGAGGGUCUUCCACGAAUGAACACCAGCAUCAUGGCUAAUGUGAAGAAGGCCCUCAUUGGAGAAAACAAAGAUCUAGUGGAUCCUUAUGUCCAAGUGGUCUUUGCAGGACAGAAGGGGAAGACCUCUGUCCAGAAAAGCAGCUAUGAGCCUCUGUGGAACGAGCAGAUUGUCUUCACAGAGAUGUUCCCCCCGCUCUGCAAGAGGAUCAAGGUCCAGAUCCGGGACUCUGACAAGGUUAAUGAUGUGGCCAUUGGGACCCACUUCAUUGACCUGAGGAAGGUCUCCAAUGAAGGAGACAAAGGUUUCCUGCCUACCUUUGGUCCCGCCUGGGUGAACAUGUACGGCUCCACCCGCAACUACACCCUAAUGGACGAACACCAGGACUUGAACGAAGGACUGGGAGAGGGGGUUUCCUUCCGUGCCCGUCUACUCAUCGGCCUGUCAGUGGAGAUCUUAGACACCAGCAACCCUGAGAUCACCAGUUCCACAGAGGUUCAGUUGGAUCAGGCCACUCCAGUCGCCGAUAACUGCACGGGCAAGAUGGAGGAAUUCUUUCUCUUUGGGUCCUUCCUGGAAGCCACUAUGGUCGACAGAAAGAAUGGAGACAAGCCAAUCAACUUUGAGGUCACAAUAGGUAAUUAUGGCAAUGAGAUUGAUGGGAUAUCCAAGCCUGUCAUCAAGAAGAAGAAAGAAGGCGGGGCUGGCAAUGAAGAGGCAUCUGAGUUGCUGCAGAACUCAAGUGAUGAGGAAGACAAUGACGACGAAGAGUUUGUCUCCAUCUCUGUUACUCCACCAAUGAAACCUUUGAUCACCGACAGAAAUUAUUUCCACUUGCCGUAUUUUGACAAGAAGCCUUGCAUGUACAUCAAGAGUUGGUGGCAGGACCAGAGACGGCGUCUCUACAAUGCAAACAUCAUGGACAAGAUUGCCGACAAGCUGGAAGAGGGUCUGAAUGACGUGCAUGAGAUGAUGAAGACAGAGAAGCCCCACCCUGAGCGUCGUCUCCGAGGGGUGCUGGAGGAGUUGAGCAGCGGGUGCCUGCGAUUUGUGACCCUCGCCAACAAAGACCAGAAUCACUCUUCUCGCACACGACUGGACAGAGAGAGGCUGAAAUCUUGCAUGAGGGAGCUGGAGACCAUGGGCCAGCAGGCCAAGACCUUGCGAUCCCAGGUGAAGAAAACCACCAUCAGGGAGAAGUUGAAGCAGUCACAGAACUUCCUCCAAAAGCUGCGGUUCCUGGCAGACGAGCCCCAGCACAGCAUCCCGGACAUCUUCAUCUGGAUGAUGAGCAACAAUAAACGCAUUGCUUACGCCCGCAUCCCCUCCAAGGACAUCCUCUACUCCAUCGUGGAUGAGGAAAUGGGCAAAGACUGUGGGAAAGUGAAGACUGUCUUCCUGAAGUUACCUGGCAAAAAGGGGUUUGGGCCGGCUGGCUGGACUGUGCAGGCCAAAAUGGAGAUCUACUUGUGGCUGGGCCUCAACAAGCAGCGGAAAGACUUCCUUGGUGGCCUACCCUGUGGGUUUGAGGAGAGGAAACUGCCCAAAGGACAAGGCAUUCCCUUCUUCCCUCCCAUCAGCCUCAUCUACACCAUGAAGCAGGUCUUCCAGCUGCGAGUCCACAUGUACCAGGCCAGGAGUUUGUUUGCUGCAGACAGCAGCGGCCUGUCCGAUCCUUUUGCCAGGGUUUUCUUCAUCACUCAGAGCCAGUGCACUGAGGUCCUCAAUGAAACACUUUGCCCUACCUGGGACCAGCUGUUGGUGUUUGAUAAUGUAGAGUUGUAUGGAGAAGUCCAUGAGAUGCGGGACGACCCUCCCAUUAUUGUCAUUGAGAUCUACGACCAAGAUACGGUGGGGAAGGCCGACUUCAUGGGCCGAACAUUUGCUAAGCCUGUGGUGAAGAUGUCAGAUGAGGAGUACUGUCCACCCCGCUUCCCACCCCAGCUGGAGUACUACCAGAUCUACAGGGGGAACUCCACUGCUGGUGACCUGCUGGCUGCCUUUGAGUUGCUCCAGAUUGGCCCAGCUGGGAAGUCUGAUCUGCCUCCCAUUGAUGGCCCUACAGACAUGGACAGGGGCCCCAUCCUGCCAGUGCCUCUGGGGAUCCGUCCUGUCUUGAGCAAAUACAGAGUGGAGAUAUUGUUCUGGGGACUGAGAGACCUGAAGCGUGUGAAUUUAGCCCAAGUGGAUCGGCCUCGAGUUGACAUUGAAUGUGCUGGGAAGGGUGUCCAGUCAUCCCUCAUCCAGAACUAUAAGAAAAACCCCAAUUUCAGCACCUUGGUCAAGUGGUUUGAAGUGGACCUGCCUGAAAAUGAACUCCUCCAUCCUCCCCUAAAUAUCCGUGUGGUUGAUUGCCGUGCCUUUGGGCGAUACACGCUGGUGGGCAGCCAUGCUGUCAACUCCUUGCGCAAAUUCAUCUAUCGGCCUCCAGAUAAGAAGGCCCAGCACUGGAGCACAGCAGGUGAAAUUGUCGUCAAUGUUGAGCCUGAGGUUCCCAUCAAGAAAAUGGAGACUAUGGUGAAGCUGGAAGCAAACUCUGAUGCUGUUGUUAAGGUGGACCCGUCAGAAGAAGAGAAAGAGAAAAAGAAGAAAAAGAAGAAAGGCGGCGCAGAAGAAAUGGAAGAUGAUGAGCCUGAUGAGAGCAUGCUGGACUGGUGGUCUAAGUAUUUUGCUUCCAUAGAGACAAUGAAGGAGCACCUUCGGCAACAGGAGGCAGCUGCAGCAGAGGCAGAGGAGAAGGAAGAAAUGGAGAUGACUGAGGGCUCCAAGGGCCAUGGGAAGUCCAAGGAGAAAAUCAAGGUGCCUAAAGAGGACAAGAAGAAGAAACAGCAGCAACAGCAGCAGCCUCAGCAACCAGAAGUGCUCGAGAGGAAGAACAAGCUGAAGAUCGAUGAGAUGAAGGUGUAUCCCAAAGAGCUGGAAACGGAAUUUGACAACUUCGAGGACUGGCUGCAUACUUUCAACCUCUUGCGCGGGAAGAUUGGUGACGACGAUGACAAUGCUGCUGAUGAGGAGCGCAUAGUGGGCAGGUUCAAGGGCUCUAUGUGUGUGUACAAAGUGCCGCUCCCUGACGAUAUCACCAAGGAGGCUGGAUACGACCCCAAUUUCGGCAUGUUCCAGGGAAUCCCAAGCAAUGAUCCCAUCAAUGUGCUGGUUCGGGUCUACGUUGUUAGGGCCACUGAUCUGCAUCCUGCUGACAUCAAUGGGAAAGCCGAUCCCUACGUUGUCAUCAAGCUGGGAAAGACAGACAUAAAGGACAAAGAGAACUACAUCUCCAAGCAGCUGAACCCAGUCUUUGGAAAGUCAUUUGAUAUUGAGGCGACGUUCCCCAUGGAAUCCAUGCUGACAGUGGCUGUCUAUGAUUGGGACUUGGUGGGCUCCGAUGAUCUGAUUGGCGAAACAAAGAUAGACUUGGAGAAUCGAUACUACAGCAAGCACCGGGCAACCUGCGGUGUCUCCGGUACCUAUUCUAUCCAUGGUUAUAAUAUUUGGCGAGACCCCCAAAAGCCCACUCAGAUCCUGUCCAGGCUAUGUAAAGAGGGCAAACUUGACGGUCCACACUAUGGUCCUGGCGGCAGAGUGAAGGUUGCCAACCGGGUCUUCACUGGCCCCACAGAAUUGGAGGAUGAAAAUGGUCAGAAGAAACAGACGGAUGAGCAUCUGGCACUGACAGUGUUGCACCACUGGGAAGGCAUCCCCCGUGUGGGCUGCAAGCUGGUGCCUGAACAUGUGGAAACACGCCCCUUGCUCAACCCUGACAAGCCAGGCAUCGAACAGGGACGACUGGAGUUGUGGGUGGACAUGUUCCCCAUGGACAUGCCGGCACCAGGCCCCGCCAUUGACAUCGCACCAAGGAAGCCAAAGAAAUACGAGCUUAGAGUGAUAGUGUGGAACACUGAUGAGGUAAUCCUGGAGGACGAUGAUUACUUCACUGGCGAGAAGUCCAGUGACAUUUUUGUCCGGGGGUGGCUAAAGGGGCAACAAGAAGACAAGCAGGACACCGACGUCCACUACCACUCCCUGACCGGGGAGGGCAACUUCAACUGGCGCUAUAUCUUUCCUUUCGACUACCUAGCAGCUGAGGAGAAGAUUGUCAUCUCUAAGAAAGAGUCUAUGUUCUCCUGGGACGAGACCGAGUACAAGAUACCGGCCCGACUCACGCUACAGGUGUGGGAUGCCGACCACUUUUCCGCCGAUGACUUCCUUGGAGCUAUUGAGCUUGACCUGAACCGCUUCCCCCGUGGCGCUAAGACAGCCAAGCAGUGCAGCAUGGAGCUGGGAACGGGAGAGGCAGAAGUGCCCCUGAUUUCCAUCUUCAAGCAGAAGAGGGUGAAGGGCUGGUGGCCAUUCUUGGCCCGAGACGAGAAUGACGAAAUGGAGAUCACGGGCAAAGUGGAAGCUGAGCUGCACCUUCUGACAGCCGAGGAAGCAGAGAAAAGCCCGGCCGGGCUGGCUCGUAACGAGCCCGACCCAUUGGAGAAACCCAAUCGUCCGGAUACAUCCUUUAUCUGGUUCCUGAACCCACUCAAGUCUAUCAAGUACCUCAUCUGCACCCGUUACAAAUGGCUCAUCAUCAAGAUUGUGCUGGCCCUACUGCUGGUCAUCAUGGUGGGCCUCUUCCUCUAUUCCAUGCCUGGCUACAUGGUCAAGAAGCUUUUGGGGGCAUGAGGAAGCCGCCCUGUCCAGGUCUCCCCCCAUUCUCCCAGUGUUCAUGGUCACUGCCUCGCGUUUGUGUUUCUCUUUUGUGGCCUCCUU